AGAAAAAGGAGGAAGAGGAAACAUCAGGAAAAAUGGCAGCCUCUAGCACGAAGUCGGUUUUAUUCGUUUGCCUCGGCAAUAUAUGCAGAUCCCCCAUUGCUGAAGCAGUCUUCUGUAAGAUGGCAACUGAUGCUGGUGUUGUUGAUAAGUGGGUCAUAGACAGUGGUGCUACAUCAGACUGGAAUGUAGGCAGCUCACCGGAUCCUCGUGGUCUGGCCUGCCUCAGGAAUCACGACACUGAGACAAGCCACAGGGCCCGACAGGUGACCAAGGAAGAUUUCAUGAGCUUCGAGUACAUUCUCUGCAUGGACGAGAGCAACUUGAGUGAGUUGAACAGGAAAGCAAAGUCUGUGAAAAACUACAGUGCAAAGAUUGAGCUUCUCGGUUCAUACGACCCUCAGAAUCAGCGGAUCAUCAAGGACCCUUAUUAUGGAAGUGACGAAGACUUUGAGAAGGUGUAUGAUCAGUGUGUACGCUGCUGCAAAGCGUUUCUGGAGGCAAACUCCUAACGUCUGAGGAACCAUCAUCCAAAUAAUGUUAAGGUUGUGUCUAUCAAGCACUUAGGAAAACGCUUAAAGGACUUUAUCUCAUUGUUGUAUGUGCUACACAAACAACACAUUGUGUAUGUAGAAAUUCUGCGUGGACAAGUGUGUAGACUUGUCUAUAAAUAAAAUAAGUUCAAUCUUUA